CGGUGCAGCGAGCGCCCCCCGCGCCUCUCUCCCCAGCCCCGGCGCCCCCCCCGCGCGCCCGCCAUGCCGGAGCAGCUCAGCGUCGCCGAGUUCCUGGCCGUCACCGCGGAGGACCUCAGCUCCCCGGCCGGGGCCGCUGCCUUCGCCGCCAAGAUGCCCCGGUGCCGGGGGGCGGCGCUGGCGCGGGAGGAGGUCCUGGAAGGAGACCAGGCCCUCCUGCAGAGAGUGAAGAAGGCGGUGCGGGCGAUCCACAGCUCCGGCCUUGGCCACGUGGAGAACGAGGAGCAGUACCGAGAGGCUGUGGAGUCAUUAGGCAACAGCCACCUGUCCCAAAACAGUCACGAGCUGUCCACCGGCUUCCUGAACCUGGCCGUGUUCACCCGCGAGGUGGCCGCGCUCUUCAAGAACCUGGUUCAGAACCUGAACAACAUUGUCUCUUUCCCCCUGGACAGUCUGUUGAAGGGGCAGCUGAGGGAUGGGCGACAGGACUCCAAAAAGCAGCUGGAGAAGGCGUGGAAGGACUACGAAGCCAAAAUGGCCAGGCUGGAGAAGGAGAGGGACCGGGCCAGGGUGACAGGAGGGAGCCCUGGGGAGGUGGCCCAGGACACGCAGAGAGAGCGGCGCGUCUUCCAGCUGCACAUGUGUGAGUAUCUGCUGAAAGCCGGGGAGAGCCAGAUGAAGCAAGGCCCCGAUUUCCUGCAGAGCCUCAUCAAGUUCUUCCACGCCCAGCACAACUUUUUCCAAGAUGGCUGGAAGGCUGCUCAGAGCCUGUCCCCCUUCAUCGAGAAGCUGGCGGCCUCGGUACAUGCACUGCGUCAAGCGCAGGAGGAGGAGCUGCAGAAGCUGACCCAGCUCCGCGACUCCCUCCGAGGGACGCUGCAGCUUGAGAGCAGAGAGGAGAACCUGAGCCGGAAGAACUCGGGGGGUGGCUACAGCAUCCACCAGCACCAAGGCAACAAGCAGUUUGGGACGGAGAAGGUGGGCUUUCUGUACAAGAAAAGUGAUGGAAUUCGAAGAGUCUGGCAGAAAAGGAAGUGUGGAGUCAAAUAUGGCUGCCUGACCAUCUCACACAGCACGAUAAACCGGCCCCCAGUGAAGCUGACCCUGCUGACGUGCCAAGUGAGGCCAAACCCCGAGGAGAAGAAGUGCUUUGACCUGGUGACGCACAACAGGACAUACCACUUCCAGGCGGAGGACGAACACGAGUGUGAGGCGUGGGUGUCGGUGCUGCAGAACAGCAAGGACGAAGCCUUGAGCAGUGCCUUCCUCGGGGAGCCCGGCAGCGGCCCGGGGCCCUGGGGGGGCGCCGGGCUGGACGGGGAGCCCCAGGACCUCACCAAGCUGCUCAUCGCCGAGGUGAAGAGCAGGCCCGGGAACGGCCAGUGCUGCGACUGCGGGGCUGCAGACCCCACGUGGCUCAGCACCAACCUGGGCGUGCUCACUUGCAUCCAGUGCUCCGGCGUGCACCGCGAGCUGGGCGUGCGCUUCUCGCGCAUGCAGUCCCUCACCCUGGACCUGCUGGGCCCCUCUGAGCUGUUGCUGGCCUUGAACAUCGGAAACACACGCUUCAAUGAGGUCAUGGAGGCCCAGCUGCCCUCACACGGCGGCCUUAAACCCUCUGCUGAGAGUGACAUGAGCACCCGCAGGGACUAUAUCGUGGCCAAGUAUGUGGAACACAGGUUCGCCCGGCGGUCCACAACUGAGCCUCAGAGACUCUGCAUAGCCAUUUGCAACCGGGACCUCCUGUCGGUCCUGGAGGCCUUCGCUAAUGGGCAGGACUUUGGACAGCCACUGCCUGGGCCGGAGGGGCAGGCACCUGGAGAGCUCGCCCUGCACUUGGCUGUCAGAGUCGCCAACCAGGCCUCCCUGCCCCUGGUGGAUUUCAUCAUCCAAAAUGGUGGUCACCUGGAUGCCAAGGCUGUUGAUGGGAAUAGCGCUCUGCACUACGCCGCUCUCUACAACCAACCCGAUUGCCUCAAGCUGCUGCUGAAAGGGAGAGCGUCCACGGGCACAGUGAACGAGGCAGGAGAAACAGCUCUGGACGUAGCCAGGAAGAAGCAGCACAAGGAGUGUGAGGAGCUGCUGGAGCAGGCCCAGGCUGGGACCCUCGCCUUCCCCCUACACGUGGACUACCCCUGGGGAAUUUCCACAGAGCCUGGCUCUGACAGUGAGGAGGACGAGGAAGAGAAGCAGCGCUGCCCUCUGAAGCCCCCAGCCCAGGUCCGCUGGGCCAGUGGGAGGCUGGACAUCAGCAACAAGACCUAUGAGACCAUUACCAGCCUGAGACCAGCCGGCCCUCAGAGCCAGAGUGAGGACUGCCCCCCGCCCUUGCCAGUCAAAAAUCCUUCUCGGACUGUGGUCCAAGGGCGUGCGGGACAUGCCAGUGGAGAUCGUUCUGAAGUCCCCAGCCUGAGCUCGGAACCCCCUGGGGCCCUUGAGAGCCUGAGCAGUCCAGCCUCCUCCUUCUCCAGCCUCACAAGCCCUGUGGAACCUGGGGGUCCCAGCCAAACCCUGCACGGUUCUGAAGAGGGCCUCUGGGAGCCCUUGGGCGCCUCUCGACCCAGCCUGCCAUCUGGAACCGCACCUGCGGAGACGUAUCCCCCUGUCAGGUUCAGCUCCGAGAGCACUCGCUCCUAUCGGCGGGGGGUGCGGAGCGCCGAAGACUGUCCCUCAGCCAAGCAGCCUCUACCUAGAAGAAACAUGCCGAUUGGCUUCGCUGAAGGAGAGGGCUCAAGGACUGGGGUUCUCCCGGCAAGUUCUGUGCAGCUUUUGCAAGACUAGCUCCUUGCUGGUCCUUGCAUGCCUGGACCACCCCCAUGCUGGACCCCAACGUUCAGAGCUAGGACUUGAGCCCACAAGACUGGGGAGCUGAGGUGUUCAUUCCCUUAGGUCUUGCUGUCUCUGUUCCUUGUGCUUUUGUGGCUGGCCUUCCUCCCUGCAACGGGCCCGUGCCCCCGCCAAGGACACUGGACCCUUCCAUGUUAGGGAUGAUGGUGGUUCUUUCCCCUCUAUCUCAUUACCCGCCAGGGGCCAGGGAGCCCUAUGGCUGGAUCUCCUGAGCUAGCUUCAGCUGCAGAACCCUCAAUCCCUUAUCAGACCAGGACUGUGUUUCUUCCAUCAGUCUGGGGGCUCCACAAGAGUAGGACCAGCCCACCUUCAUCAUUCUCCCUGUCCAGACCAGGGAUUCUGCCAGACUAGGGACUGUCUUCUCAGCCUUUCAUUAGUCUAGUAUUCUUUUACUGAGUUCCAGCUCUACGUAUGCCACAUGAAUAAGACAAGGGUCCUGCAGAGGCGGUCCCUUGCUGGGAAGCUGGUUCCAGAAGUUGGGCUUGGGAAUGGGCAGGGCUAGUCCUGGGGAUGGUCCUGGGCUCGGGCAGGCUGACAAUCAGCUGGUUUGCCCCUGUGUGACACGGCAGCUGCCUGCAGCCCAUUUCCAUUCUGGCUGGUCAAUGCCCGUGCUCUUCUGGCUGUUAAAUAAGUGUUCUAAAUAUCACCCCUUUUGAGGGUCAGCACAGCCUCCUGGGGGACCUCUGCCACGCUCCCCAGCCGGGAAGUAGAGUAGGCCUCACCCGCAUGUGCCCACUCUCCUUGAUUUAGAGGAGUCUAAAUCCUCUAAGGAAGGAAGGAAAGCAACGGUCCGGGAUGAUUGAUCCUCACUUCUCUCUUUCUCGGUCAACUCAGGAGCCUUUCGGUCUCAGGGGAGGAACGGGCCCAGAAAGGAGAAAGCGGAGUGAUAGAAAUGGGAGGGCAAACAGUUACAGGCUCUACUUCCCAGGGCACGAAUUUCUAGCAUGGCUUUCAGCCCCAUGUUAGAAUAUAUCCAGACCAUCCUCAGUCUUUAACACCCCAACCUUACGGUCGCUGGGCACCAGGCCCUGGCAGGGAUGGGCCAGGCCAAACGGGAGGCCAGAGGGUGCCAACGGCCAACGCGGCAGUCUGGCCCGGGAGGCUGGACUGUUUACUCUGGAGACCUGACUGGUCUGUGUUCCCACAGGAACAAGGUUGUCUUCUGAGCCCUCAGUGUCUGGUUUUGUUCAUCUCAGACUUGUUAUUUCACUCAUGUCUAAUAAAGGAUUUUUUUGAGUAAAUUCUAGUGGUUUCAUUUAUGUGAUCUGAAGAGCAAUAGGGAAGGGCAGGGAAUCUUAGGGCUUGGAAUUCUUUCUCUGGACCCAGUAAAGGAGACAGCCUGGUGUAGUGCAAUGGUUUGCAACCAGAGGCAACUUUGGCCCAGGGGACAUUUGGCAAUGCAGAGACAUUUUUGAUUGCUCCCAACUGGAAGGUGCUACUGGCAUCUAGUGGCUAGAGGUCAGGGAUGCUGCUAAAUAAACAUCCUAUAAUGCACAGCUCUGCCCCUCACAGCAAUGAAUUAUCUAGUCCAAAAUGUUAAUAGUGCGGAGGUUGGGAAACCCAGGUGUGGAGGAAAGAG